AUGAUCCAUCAUGUAGUUGCCAGUUACAGUAAUCCUGAAAGUGCAAAAUUAUCCGGGGUGUAUGUUCAAUGUCGGCUUCACAACCACCUAUCGUAUUUCAUCGUUUUGUAUUGUACCCCAUUGUUCAAUUUUGUCAGCUUAUAUCUCACUUUUUCUAUACAAAAAUGUCCACUAACAAAAUAUUUGUUAUUCCUUUUUCUAUUUAUUUGGAUUGUGAUCAAUAAAAUGUAUUUGCAAUAUUUUCAUGAAACCUGUUGA